AAGGAUGCAAGAGAGAGUAGAGAGAUAAUCUUGUUAAAAUAUUUAAAACGAAAGAGAGUUGGAGAGAGAAUGAAAGAGAGUACUCUCCAGUCUCCACCUCCUCCUCCCCCUCGUUCUCUGUCUCACCAUUCUGCGCCACGACGCCUUCCUCUAAUAGAUUAAUCCUUUUCAUCUCUUCCUCUCAUGCUUUUGCCUUCCAUGGCCAAGGCCGGUGGCUUCGAUUCCGAUCCCAUGGUCAUGGCCAAGGCCACCGAAUUAAAGAAGGAACUGCGAAAGCUCUUAACGACCAUUGUCGAAGACGACGACGAUUACCCUAUUCAUACCAUCGAUCAAGCUAAAUGCACUCUCUCUGCUUUGAUGGAAUUAAAGAUGAACAAGAGAUCUUUGUCUUUCAAAUUAAGCCAAACGCUGUCGUGUCCCGAUGAGUUUAAGUGUCCUUUGUCCAACGAAUUGAUGAGAGAUCCUGUUAUUUUGGCCACUGGCCAGACUUAUGAUAGACCCUUCAUCCAGAAAUGGCUGAAAGCAGGGAACCGGACAUGCCCUCUCACUCAGCAAGUACUGUCACACACACUUCUUACUCCUAAUCACUUGGUCAGGGAAAUGAUAUCACAAUGGUGCAAGAAUCAAGGAUUAGAGUUACCGGACCCUGUUCACUAUGUUAAUGAGGAGGGAAUAACAGAAGCUGAUCGUGACCAUUUUCUGUCUUUGCUUGAAAAGAUGUCGUUGACACUUCCUGAACAAAAAGAUGCUGCAAGGGAGCUUCGGUUGUUGACAAAGAAGAUGCCCUCAUUCAGGGCAUUAUUUGGUGAGUCUAUUGAUGCCAUUCCUCAAUUGCUCAAUCCACUUUCAGCAAGCAAGUCUGGAAGUCAUAUUCACCCUGAUCUUCAAGAAGAUUUAAUCACAACCCUUUUAAAUCUUUCGAUCCAUGACAACAAUAAGAAACUUGUUGCUGAAACCCCAGUCGUAAUUCCUCUUCUUAUGGAAGCCUUAAGUUCAGGAACCAUUGAAACAAGGACUAAUGCAGCUGCAGCCCUUUUUACAUUGUCUGCUCUUGAUUCCAACAAGGCACUUAUUGGGAAAUCAGGUGCCUUAAAACCACUUAUAGACCUUCUAGAAGAGGGAAAUCCUUUAGCCAUGAAAGAUGUUGCUUCUGCAAUUUUUACCCUAUGUUUCAUACAUGAAAACAAGGCAAGAGCUGUGAAGGAUGGUGCAGUGAAGGUAAUUGUUGAAAAGAUUAUGAACGGUGUACUUGUUGAUGAAUUAUUAGCUAUAGUUGCAAUUCUUUCUACUCAUCAGAGGGCUGUUGAAGAAAUGGGAGAGCUUGGGGCUGUUCCUUGCUUGCUUCGCAUAAUGAGGGAGAGUAUUUGUGAACGCAACAAGGAAAAUUGCAUUGCCAUUCUCCACAUAAUCUGUUUGUAUGAUCGAACCAAGUGGAAGGCGGUGAGGGAAGAAGAGAAUGCCUAUGGAACAAUCUCUAAACUAGCACGAGAUGGCACUUCAAGGGCCAAAAGAAAGGCUAAUAGCAUUCUUGAAAGACUGAAUAGAGCUGUUAAUCUUACGCAUACAGCAUGACAGCUGCACAUUAGUCAAGUUCGACGAAAUGUACAUUCUCCAUCCAUUUCCAGCACUUUCAACCGUCAAUGCAACUCCAGCAUAUCUGUGCCAUUCUCCAUCGUCUUCCUGUAAAUUCCCUUCAGCGAAAUUUCUAUUGCAGCUUAAUGAGUUAGCCAUUGUGAAUAAAUAUACCCUGUAAGUUGUUGAAAGAUUCUGUGAGGAAUUUAACAAGAGAUGAUUGUUAUAUAUUAACAACUCAGAGUUAGUUUAAUUAGUUGCUGAAUUUGCUUCUCCAUAGUCUUAUCAUUGUGUUGCUAAUUUAAUGAUCUUUCUAGCC